CAAUCCCAAUGCGCAUGCGUCCUCCGGCUGGGCCAUUAUUUUGUCCUCCUCAAGCUUCAAAUGAACAACAGGCUAAGCGUUCCUUGAAAUGAAUUAAAUAUUUAUAGGCGGAAGGAGCAUUUCAUCUUCUUGUUCAUCACUGCCAACAUAAAUGGAGUCACUCGGUCAAUAGCUUGUUGUCUCGCCGGGCUCUUCAGUCCUCCGUUGGACUAGGAGGCCGAAAACAGAGCGCGGAGUGACAGCCCCGUUAAAGCCAGCAGAUUGGGUGUUUAUCUAGCUGGCUAGCCACCUAGCUAGCUUCCUAGACAGCUAAGAGGGGAGAAAAAACUCGAAAGGACCAUUUGAUAAGCUCGGAAAGAGAGAGCUGUGGCUGUCCCUGUCCCGUCCAACCUGCAGAGGGGAUGGCACACCUUCGAGACAUGCAAAACCAGAAUACCCGGUUGGACCCUGAGGAGUACUUCACCAAGCAGGAGCGGAUUGGGAAGGGUUCCUUCGGGGAGGUCUACAAAGGCAUCAACAACCGCACAAAGGAGGUGGUGGCGAUUAAAAUUAUAGAUCUGGAGGAGGCAGAGGACGAGAUCGAAGACAUUCAACAGGAGAUAACAGUGCUGAGCCAGUGUGAUAGCCCUUUUGUUACCAAGUAUUAUGGAUCAUACCUGAUGGGGACCAAGCUGUGGAUUAUCAUGGAGUAUUUAGGUGGAGGAUCUGCUCUGGAUCUGCUCCGUCCAGGGCCUCUUGAAGAGACUUACAUUGCUACUAUACUGAGGGAAAUACUGAAGGGGCUGGAGUAUCUGCACUCUGAAAGGAAGAUCCACAGAGAUAUCAAAGCUGCCAAUGUGCUCUUGUCGGAGCAGGGCGAAGUGAAGCUGGCAGAUUUCGGGGUGGCGGGACAGCUGACAGAUACCCAGAUUAAGAGAAACACAUUUGUCGGCACACCUUUCUGGAUGGCUCCAGAGGUUAUCAAACAGUCCGCCUACGACUUCAAGGCUGAUAUUUGGUCCCUGGGAAUCACUGCCAUUGAGCUGGCUAAAGGAGAACCUCCCAACUCUGACCUCCACCCCAUGAGGGUCCUUUUCCUCAUCCCGAAAAACACUCCACCCACACUUGAGGGGCCUUACAGCAAGCCCUUCAAAGAGUUUGUGGAGGCUUGUCUAAAUAAAGACCCUCGUUUUAGGCCAACAGCUAAAGAGCUCCUGAAGCACAAGUUCAUCACACGCUACACCAAGAAGACGGCCUAUCUGACGGAGCUGAUUGACCGCUACCGCCGCUGGAAGUCGGAGGGGCACGGGGAGGAAUCCAGCUCCGACGACUCAGAUAUGGAUGCUGAUGGUGAUGUGGAUACAUGUCCCAUGUGGACCUUCCCCACAGUCCGACCUAACUCUCUGAACAAGUUACAGAAGGGCUACACGCACACAGAUUCAGAGUCAGGAGAUUUGGUGAAAAGGCAACCCAAGUCACAAUGCUUGUCUGCUUUGGUAACACCCAUCUUCAGAGAGCUGAAGGAGAAGCGGCGGGCGAGUGGGGGGGGCGUAGGAGCCAUCGAGGAGCUGGAAAACGCCUUCAAUCUGGCCGAGGAGUCCUGCCCGGGCAUCUCCGACCGCCUCGUGACACACAUGAUGGAGAGAGUGUGCAGGUUUUCUUUAAAUGGUAACACCACCCAGUCUUCGCGGUGAAACCCCAGCUGGAUGUAACUUAACCCUGCUCCCUUUUCUGUCUCCCAGACCCACCCAACGCCUCAGAUAAGGACCACAGAAGACACCCCCCCCCCCCCCCCUUCUACACCACCCCUUGUAUCUUUGCACCCUUCCCAGUCCUGUCCCCCAAGAGAUCUUUUAAUUAGUUAUAAUUAAAUAUUUUUACAGUUUUUUCUUUAAGAGCGGAGAGUAUUUAAAACAAAAAAGCCAUGACAUUUAGAGCGUUGUGUAUACCUGUUAGAGAAGAAAACUAUAAUAAAGUCUAUGGAAAAUGUCA